AUGUCGAGCUCAUUACCGCGUCCCAAGCGGACAGGCGAAGAUUUCGGCAGCACUCAUUACAAUGACGACGAGGAUUCAGAGCACAAAAAGCCCCGCUUUGACCUUCGAAACCCUUCAGCCCUUGCUGCAGAUGCACCUGAAGAAGAUGCAGUAUUGGACGCUGACGAGGUUGGCCGACGUGGUCAAAGAGUCAGACGCAAAGCUGUCAAUCUCGAGGGUUACGACUCAGACAGUGAGAACGAAGGGUUCGGGGCACACACAGAGAAGAAAUCCGAGCGCAAACAAGCCCAACAAGAUGCGGACGACGAUGAUAUGUUCGCCGAGCUACAGGAAGAUUUCGGAGCAGAAGAAAUUGAUGGCGAUGAAGCUAUCCACAAGAACAAGAAGUCGGUUCGAUUCUUACAAAAUGACGAGAUCGAGGGCCAAGUCGACUCUUCAAAGGGCGGAGGAACAGUGAAUAUCGAUUCGAACAUCCACGCAGGUCAAAUUGAGGAGGAAGAUGAGAGUGGCAGUGAGGUGGCGGAGGAGGAACGCGCACGAGUCGACGAUGACCUGGACGAGGAGCUUGGCGCAGGUGGCAAGAAGAAGCACGCACCUCUACUUGAUGCUUUCAACAUGAAAACGGAACAAGAGGAGGGUAGAUUUGACGACCAGGGCAACUAUAUCCGAAAAGCCAUGGACCCCGAUGCCAUCUAUGAUACGUGGUUGGACGACGUCUCUAAAAAGGAUAUCAAGAAGGCCAAAGAGGCCGCCGAGCACCGCGAGGCAGAGCGCAGAGAGAAGGCCCGCGUAGACGACAGCGUCUUGACAGCGGAUGCCCUGAAAUCGAUCAUCAUACAUCUCGAGCGUGGCGAAACGAUACUCGAGGCACUGGCCCGACUGGGCAAAGGCCUCCGCCGGAAACCCAAGUGGCAAAACAAGAAGAAUAAGAAGAAGGCCACUGAGGAUGUCGAGAUGGAGGAUGAAGAUCCCAGUGAAGUGGCUCGAAAGAAGGCAAUUGAUUCUAUCACUGGCGCCGCGGAUAUCUUGAUGGGUCGCGAUCAGAUUGAUAUCUACGACACAGAGCGCGAAAAGCUCACACGGCAGUAUCGCAGCGAAACAGGCGAGAACUGGGUAGACCCUCCAACUACAGGUGGCGUGACUGAACAAGGUCCCGCGAUGUGGGAGUACCGGUGGUCCGACGCUAGAGACGGAGGCGACCCCCAUGGCCCUUACGAUAGUAACAUGAUGGAUUCAUGGAACAAUGCUGGCUACUUUGGCGAAGGGGUUGAAUUCCGCCGAGUAGGCGAUGCAGGGCCGUGGAGUACCGCCGCUAAUUUCCUCUGA